GUAACUGCAGGGUGUGACGCGGCUGCUCCUGGCCCCGCUCCCCCGCGUCGUUGCCGCUGCCGCCAGAAGGCCUAAUGGCGCCCGGUAGAUAGCUCUUGGCUGACGGGGAAAGCCCUUGCCCUGCUGAGGCCGUUCCUUGCUUCAGGGCAGAACGCGGCCGCACGGGGCUGUGCGUUUCAGAGAAAGAUCCGUUGUUGGUGGUAAAACAGGCUAGAAGUGGCUUCACUGGCUCUUUGUGGCUCUCUGUGCUGUGUGUGACCAUAAAGUCAAGAAGGUAUUAUUAUUUUCAGGGUCUCAGAAUGGAAGUAAACAUUGUCUUUCUUUCCCCCUGUCUGACUGUUAGCUGCUGACCUCCUACCGCAUCCUCACAUGGAGGAUCGUGGCAGCUGUGGCAGCGAUGGAGAGGAGGAGGAGGAGGAGUGCCAUCAGCAGCUAUCAGACCACUCUAAGAAAGGUUAUUACGGACAGCCAUCCAGACACAGAGACACAGAACUGUAGGCUUGCUGGUCUGUGCAAGCAGAAUGCUGUCUGGAGGUUCUCUUCCUUCCCAGCCAAAGUGGAGCAAAGGUAGUCUUGCGAAGCUGUCUUUUUGGUUGGGGAUAAUUAGUAGGUGUGCUGCACGACUUAGACAUAUCCAUAGGCUGAAACUGGAAGACUUUGUUUUGGGGGGAUAUACUAUUCUGUUAGCAUUUAGGCAAAGAAAUCACUAUCGCCUGAAUGCUGUUGCCUGUUUUGAGAGGACCAAAUCCUGUUCUAAAGUUGGAGUUAACUGUUGGUAUUUUCAUACUCGAACAGGAAAACCUUUUCUUCCCCUUUUAUUAAUGCUGCCAAUUUGGGCUGUUCUACGAAAGCAUGAUCUAGGAGAUAAACUUGAUGCAACCGAACUUAAAAGGAUUUAAAAACAAACUAAAAAACUAAAACUUAAAAAAACUAAACUUAAAAGGAUUUAAAAACAGUAAGUGCCUUUAGCAAGAAGCAUUUCUAGUUGUUUGUUUGGACAUGCAACAUGUGUAAACAUACGUGUGUAAAGCCAUAACACACUAAACAGGGGGAUGGACUCUUUCACCUAAGUUUUGUAUCAGAUUCAUGACAACAGUUUACCUUGCAUGUUGUUUUUCAGGGUUCAUAUAUGCAGAUGGGGUAUUUCAAAAGCACUGAGUGUGCAUAACUGACCGUGCAGCUGGCCAGGUGGGUUGGAAAAGACCAGCUUGUGCUCAAACAGAAAAAGUGCUGUAGAAAUUCAGUCAUGUAUCGAAAUUGCCACAGCCACAAAUAAUAAACAACAGACUCUAGACAAAUGUUGCACUUCCCCCCUUUUUUUUUUUUUCUUCUUCUGAGCAGCGUUAAGCUGCUGGAGCCUGACUCCGUGAUUGUGCUUACAGCAGUAUGUUGUUCCAGGCCUCCUCUCCUGCUCUUCAGUAAACUGGAAAGCUUCACUGUUGGUGUUAUGUUAGCAGUGUUUUGAAGCCUCGUAAUUUUGUAUUGAAAUUUGCUCUCCUUUAAAAGAAAACCAACACAGAACUACGGAUUGCCUGUAGGACAGUUACAUUUAGAGUAUUGCCUUCUGCAUUUUCUUGCUGUGAGAAACACGCUCGAGAUCAAAAAUUUCCAAUCAGGCAAAGAUGUCUGUGAAGAGCAGUUUAUUCCUUAUUGCAGUAAUGAGCACACGCCCCCUACUGCCAAGGGAGAAAUUGUGCAACUAGACAGUGAAAUCCAUGCCGUUACACACCCUGGGUCCGACGCAGGUAAAAGCUCUCCUGGCACUCACUGGUUGAGCGUCUCAGGCUCUCGAUGUUUUGAUGCUGUUGCUACACUACACUUCCAUACAACAUCUGUUACCAACUCAUUGUCUUUGGGUAUGUUCUGUACUUCUUACGGCAUGGCAGCAGGAGGACAGUAUUUUCAGCAGUCUGCACACUCAUUGUGUCCUGUACCAGACUCUCCCCUACCCUAUGUAAUUACCUUACCUAGUGCCUGUGCCAAUUGUACCUAGGUCAGAACUCCCCAGUCUCAACUUUACCGUGUCUGGGAGCUUUCUCUGUGAAAGGCAAAGUAUCCUAUGCUGUAUCCUAUCCUACAUACAGAAACACUGGAAAUGUCCACUGCAAAAGCACAAUCUACCUCUCACAGUUCCCCCUCUUUCUCUUUUUACCCUUUUGUGUUUUUGCACCAGACUGUGAAACGCUUCUAAUAUUAGAAAACCAGCUUACUAGCCCAACUUGACGAUUGAUAGUAAUAAUUUAUCAAAACUAAUGAUCUUGCUAUUCUCCAUACAAUUUCUUCACCCUUGUAUGAUUCAUCCCAGUAUGAACAAGUAGUACGUCUUGAAUCAGAGUGUAAUCAGCAUUAGAGGUUCCAAGCUACUAAGGGAUGUGGGGAAGAUGGGGAAGUUAGCCAUAGUAAGGAAAGAAAUUCCCGCACACGGUUUACAGAUCAGGUAUAGUCGCCACCAGGGAAUCCGGUGAUGUCUUGCUGGUCCGUGGGGAGGCAGCACGUUGGUCAGCGACGUCUCGUUGACUUACAUGGCUGUGUUUUGGCAGAUGGGGUACCCGUUCUUCCUCAGAACUCUUUGGGCCUGCCUACCCCAGUUGUCAGGGUCAUCAUGUCCUGUCCAUCAUGGUGAUGGUAGCUGUCGGGGUACCCACAUUUUUGCGCAUCGGGAGGAACAGCGUGUCUGUCCUCUUACCGCUGUGCUGGUGGUAGUCAACCAUUAACUUCAAAAACUUGUUGGGCAGGUCAUGCCUCAGAUGGGUGCCGUUGAACAGGCUUUGAGCCAAGCACUGUCCAGCUUCUCAUGUCUCAGAUGGCUGCCUCUGAACAAGCUUUGAGUCAGGCACUGUGCCCGCUUCUCACACCACCUGGCGGUGCAAGACUUGUUAUCACUGUCCCAUGGUGGUUCCAAGGAAAAAAAAAAAAGCAUUAAGGGGAAGGAGGGGAGAAGGGAAUGAUACAUGUUAAAAUGACACAAAAGCAAAGGAGCAAAAUGUGAGUGCCGCCAACGCUCUUAACUGAACUCGCCUUAGCCGUGGAUCACGAGCAGUCUAGGAAAAGUUAUCUAAUACCUAGGGCAACUUUCAGACUCCUUGGGUAAUACGAGGUGGGCCAGUCGCCUCAGCAUCUGCCAGACUUCCACAUACAGUGUGAUUACAAGCAAUAAACACAUCAGUGUUAGGAUUAAUAAGAUCACAACUGGGUGAAGCACAGAAUUAAAAGCUCCUCUUGCUGUUGGUGGCCAUCUAAGGAGCGUUUCCCAGCAAUGCUGUUCUCCAUCCUUCUGCACCCUUUCUAGGACAUGGUGUAUCUCUUCUGUAUCAUCUGUUAACAGAAUCGUAUCUGCUAACAGAAUCAAAGUGUUCUUUUGUGCAUUAUCUUGGAUGCAUUCUAGCAGUUGGUACAGAUUGUCAUGUUGCAAUAAUUUCUUUACCGAAGCAAGAUUCAUUCCGACUGGGCCAGGUGGCAAAUCUUGGAUUAAUGUGUAAUUGGACCGCAACAACUGAUAGGACGUAACUGGAACUGAAUAAUUAGAGUCACAUCCCAUAGUAUUAGUAAAGUUGCAAGCACCGAUGAUUGAAUGAUAGCUUGUAUCUACAGUGAUAUCAGCCAUGAGUAUAAAAUUACACACACACAUCCUUCUCCACUAUAAGGGAGCACUAUUUCACGGGUCUCGUUGGGAUACCUCUCAAAAUGGCAAGUAUUUUGCUCAGUGUCAAGACAAGUGUAUUGAGUCUUGAUGGCAUUACUCUCACAAAUAAAUAAAUCCUCGUUGUUCCCAUGCAGCACAUGAACGAACAUCAACACUUUGCCAUUUGUUUCCAUUUUGUUGGGCUUGUACUCUGUGUUCUAACAGGCAGGGUAUAACUUCAUUGUGAUUCAGUCCCAGCACAAUGACUGGGUACGUGGUAUGUACCGCAGCACUGCGUACCGUUAGGACAAAAGCUGUAGCAAAGUUAUGAACAGGAUCAUACGUAACAUUAACUAGAUGCCAGCAAAACUGAAAUUCUCUUUCAAAUUUAUUUGCAUUGUCCCACAUCACCUUUCAAAUUUCCGUGGGUAAAGCGUUUCCUUUACCUUCUACGAGUACGAGCUAGGAAGACAUUAUUUGAGUUAUGUCAAGUGCAUCUACAAUUAACCCGUGGUCUUUUAGGUUAAUUCUUUCCCACUGAGAUAAUACAUCAGAAAAGAACUGCUGACUAGAGAAGUGCUGCAGCUUUCUUUGUGAAAGGCAACUUCUCCUAUGCUACCUACAGAAAUAGUGGACAUUUCUGCUGCCAAAACACAAUCUACUUCUCAUAUUGCCAAGGCGAGGCUACUCCUCAGAUGAGAAAACAUGGGCUGCUCACCAGAGUUUUCUUUCAUUAAGCCUCUUUACUCAGCUAGAGAGAAUCUGUUGUCAUCAAAACAUUUUUUUUUUUUUUUGUUCCAGCUGUAUGUGUUUAGGUGUGGGUUCAUCUAAACUUCUACACCGUAACUCUGUCUUUGCAAUGGUUACACACUGCACACAUCGGAUUUUAGCUUAUAGGUUCUUUGCAUAUAAGGAAGCUGAAGCAAGAGUCAUGGUCAUCAGUUCGUCAGGGUGGUUUUUGCUCCACCUUGCCUCGUUCUGUUCACGGGCAGUUAUGACUCGGUGAAUAAUGAAGAUGCAGAGCUGCUGGAGUGGGUCCAGAGGCCGGGAGGGUGAUGGGAGGGCAGGAGCACCUGUCCUAGGAAGAGCGGCUGAGGGAGCUGGGCUUGUUCAUGGAUUGAAUGGAUUGGAACAUUCAUAGGUAAAGGCAUAGAAUAGAGUAGAACAGAUUAAUAGAAUAGCGUGAUAGAUUCUGUGACUGAAGUGGGGCUUUCCCAUGGCUGUUUGGAAAGAGAGGGACGGGAAGGUCUCUCUCCCAGCUAGAGGAGCCUGGGGAUGACGGUAACCGUUAGUGAGAGAGGGGAAAGUUGGGGUAGCUGCGGGGUGCUGAGCGCGCGUGGAGGCCAGGGCUGUGAUGAGCUCCGAAGCAAAUGAAAAGGGACCCUGCUUGCAGCCACGUGCUCUCUGACCCAGUCCCCCAUGUGUUUCACCCUUGUCUGGGAGGAGACAUUGGGACUGUGGUAAUCGUUUCUCACAGGUCAGUGACGAUUGCUGAAAGACAAGAAAUUCCCUCAAAGGACAUCUGUAGGCCGCAUGCACGCAUCUUCCUGCUCCCAGCAGUGACUGGUGCUCCAAUGGGAAGUCCUUCCCUUGCAGGCACUGUUGUCACAGACUGCCCCAGACCUGAUGAGCUUCUGGUAAGAGCCCCCAUCUGACCAACAGCUCUCUCGGUGGGAUAGUGGCAGAUGAGCUCCUGCCAUUUUGCGCUGCUUUGCACAGUCCCCGGGCCUCGUACCUUCCCCUCUCUGCCUUUUGCUAAAUGUGGAGGUGAUGGGAUGUACUCCUAAGCUUGCAAAGAGAGGGAGACUCAAAGGAGUGCCUGUGUGUCUGCUCAUCUGUGAGCUGAGUGCUCGUCAGGGGCUGGGCAGCUCUCUGGCUUGUGUGUCUGCAGAAAGUUGCCCUCUCUGGUGAGUGAACAAGCCCAGGAGAUGCAAUUCCUGAGGAAGGAGGUGACUUUUGCCUGUCUGUGGAGACUGGCGCUGUGACAAAGGUGAUCCUGCACUUUGGGGAAGAGGCUGGGAUGAGCAGAGCCUUGGCCAGGGCACGGUUGUGUGGGCUGCCUGUGGGACUUCCCUGCUGACCCCAGCCGCUCAGGUCUUGUCAAGGAUUGCUGGUCGAGGUGUGGCAAAUGUGUUCACCUUGUGAGAAAUGCUUGUAUUCAAUAGUUCGGGCUUAGGUGAAAUUUGCUAUGAAUGACAAUUUCUUUCCCGCUUUUACAGAAGCGGGCACUCUUGACUAGGGUGCACCAGGUCAGAGUGACACAACAGUUUAUGUUUACUACUUCCCAGUGCACAUUUUCUCCCAUGCCCUCACUGGCCAAGGACUCCCAGGUUCACAGCCUGUGCGAGGCUCCUCAUUCCCUCAGCCAGUGUCCCGUACCUGUUCACUGCUUGGUUAGCCCCUCCCCGUUCUCCUCCUCUCCUUCUUUAGCUUUCACCUGUUAUGGCAUGCUGGGAUAACCUCUCCCAGUUAGCCUUCCCCUCUGUCUGGCAUUCAAACUACAGAACUGGUUGGUACCAGUACAUCUGAACGAUGUUCCUCAAAUUUCUCACAGUAUACAGUUGGAAUACUCAGGAGUCCCAAGUCGGGCCGAGAUUUAAUACUAAAAGGAAAAAAGGCUUUCGGCAGUAUCUCACUGGAGUACCAUGGUACUGUCCUCCCCAUAUACAGAGUCCAAGCUGAUCCCUUUCUGCAACACAGGUAUAACCCAUGACAGCACACCAGGGAGAUAUCUGAUGAUAGUGAAUCUGGCACACGAACUUUGGGCUACAAUUGGCUGAGCCCACCAGGGCUGUCGAGGGCGGACGUACCAUGAAACCUGCGGGGUGUCCCACCUCCCAGCCCUGCUAGGCCCAAUUGUGAGGUCAGAGCCUUGAGCUGACGCUGUGCAGGCCCAGGCCUUUGUGAGGUCAGGAGUGGGUGCCACAGUCUGCCCCGAUUGUGAGGUCAGAGCCAUGAGCUGACGCCCAGGCCUUUGUGAGGUCAGGAGUGGGUGCCACAGUGUGUCCCACUGUGCCGCCACCUGGCACUGUUGGCCUUGGCUGCCAACGCGUGUGGAAGGAGCUCGCGGUGGUGUCCUGGUGGCUGUGUGCUCGGGACAGGCGUGCUUCUCCUGCGGAUUGGGUUUGGGCUUGUUGCUCAGUGGCCUUCCUCCGCGCAGACAUUCCUGCUGCGGAAGAAGACACUGACAAGGGGAAAGCUUGAUUCCUCCACAGCAUGAGGAGGAGAAAGUCUCCCCAGAGAUCAAAAGGGGCACAGAGGCCCCCUGAAAGGGUGAGGGUGAGAGGAGCUGGCAGGAACGUGGAAGAGGCAGAAAUGGAGAGCAGCCAGCUCCCAGGAAACAGCUGCACCUCCUCUCUGGUGGCCCAGGCAGGGCCAGCCAGCUGCAGACGCACUGCUGCAUACUGGGAGGAGCCAAACAUCUUAAGUCUUCUGAGAGAGUCACUGAUCGUGGUUUCCCUCAAGAGACUCUUUGGCACAAGCAUGUCCUCUGUGAAAGAGAUGACCAAAAAGAAGUCUGAGCUCUGCAUUCUGCUUCUUCUGAUCUUCCUAUCUGCUCUCACUGGUGCCUACUGUGGAAUCUCAUUGGCAAGAGUACUGUGGACAGAGGAUUUCUUGCAGAUGCUGCCGUUGCAGACUGCUCCACGCCCGAUGAACUCCGGGAACUCGCUGACUGAAGAAACCCAGGGGAUUGAAAACCAGAGGAAUGGGGUGUCUUACCUGGCUGAAGAGCGUGGCACUGUGAUGAAGGAUGCCCAGGACUUGAGAGAGGCCGCGUGUGUGAUGCCUAAGGAAAAGUGCUUCACAAAGUGUGACCGGGCUCUGAAAAGUGCAGGUGUCUCCAUAGACCUGCAGAGAUCAUCCAGGUCUGCAUGGCACUGCAAGGUGGCUUGGUUCCUGUGCACUCAAAACGUGGUGGAGACCUUUGAGCAGCUGGACAUGUCUCCAGGCUACUGCUGGCCUUUGAAAGCAUCUCAGAGCCAGGUGGUCUUCAACUUGCCCACAAAAGUCCAGCCGACUGCAGUCACUGUGCAGCACUCAGUGGAAACAAACCUGUGGCACGUCAGCAGCGCUCCCCGUGAUUUUGCUGUCUUUGGCCUGGAUGAGGAAGGAGAGAAGGAAGCUUUGCUUGGGAAAUUCACCUAUGAUGUCAGGAAAGAGGUGACCCAGACCUUCCAACUGCAGACCGAAAUCCCAAGAGCUUUUUGGCAUAUAAAGCUCGUCGUACUCAACAACUGGGGAAAUGCAGGACACACCUGUAUUUAUCGGGUGCAGGUUCAUGGGAAGAGAGCGGGAACAAAUGACAUCGGCCAAGGACAUGUGUAGACGCUGCAGAAAGGCGUUUCUUUUAAAAAUAAAACACAAAAUUAUUCCACAUCAGA